GAUUGUUGAUUAUACAGUACAGUCGGUCUGUAAUUGGAGGAUCGAAGAUUUGCCAGUGCGGAAAAAUAUCUCCUAUUACGCUUUUCUUCUCAUCUCUCUUUCUCUCUGAUUCCAUGGCGACGGCAACGGCACCUAAAGUUGAAAACCCUAAAAAGCCUACAGAUCUCAAUUCAGCCCCUCCGACUGCAGAAGACGCUACAGCAACUCAACCACCGCGAUCUUCUGGUGGAGGUGGCGACGAAGGGAAGGGUAAACCGGAUGACGCGACGGCGGGGAAGCCCAGCGACGUUGAUGGAGGAGGUGCAGUUACUGAUAUUCAGAAGAAGAUGAAGCGAGCGGAGCGUUUUGGGAUGCCAGUACAUUUGUCGGAACAGGAGAAGCGCAAUUCUCGAGCUGAGAGGUUUGGGACUGGUUCUACCGCUAUUGGAUUAGAUUCAUCAAAACAAUCUGAGGAGCUCAAGAGGAAGGCUAGAGCAGAGAGGUUUGGGAUCGUGCAAUCUGCCCCAGCUGAUGAGGAAGUGAAGAAGAAGGCUAGACUUGCUAGGUUUGGGUCUUCUUCUUUGACUGAUUCAGCAGAGGAAGAUAAAAAGAAAGCAAGAGCACUCAGGUUUUCCCAGCUGGAUUCCAAUACAAAGGCAAAUGUCAGAGGGAAUGUUGAAGUGAAGACAGCUAUUGCUGGCAAGGCUGGUGGAGGAACCUAAAUAAACUUUCGUCUUUAUCACUAGAUGGUAGGUUAGAGUGUUAGCUUCUUUUUGCCACCUGGUGCUUUCAUGCUGACUCCCUGACAUGUUUCCUUGAGCAAUGUCCUUUUAGACAACCUUUAGUCGAUGGACAAGGGAUUGUUGCUUUCUCUUAUUUUGGUCUAGUUAGUUCCGAGUUUCCUGGUGAGGCCUGGGACAAUUAACAGCCACGUCCUUUGUGUUAAUGUAUCUGAAAUUGCCUAUCAACCAUAUAAAAAAUACUGAAUUCAGUGCCUAAAGGAAGGUCUUCAAGAAUCUUAUCUGAGACAUGAGACAGGUGUAAUCCCCUGAUAUUGGUGCUUGUUUCUCUUACUCAGCUUCUUUUCCUUGGCUUGCUCAUAUAGGUUUGCCUGAGAGCUUCUUCAUCAAUCAGUUGUGAAAUUCUAGUUGUUGAUUUUGUAACCAUAAUUUGUGGUUUGAAAUCUUCUGGUGCAUGAGAGUCCAUUGUUUGAUGUCAUUUUAAAUUUGUGUUUGAUACCCCCCGUACCUUCCUUAAGUCUUGGAUUGUCAGGAAUUUGCUUAGAGGCAACCUGUGGCUUCCUCCAGUAAGGAGUCAUCUUUGAUAAGGUGGGUAGAGAGCAGACAUGUUGAUUUGCCUUGGCUUAUAUGCUAAUAUUAAGUUUGUUGUGGUUAGAUUUUAGGAUAUCUACUUAAUAUUGUUAACCUGUUCUUGUAUGUACCAAGUCAAUAAGCAAAACAUAUGAUUGUAUUUCAAAUUCUAUUGAGAUGAUGGGAGAGGUAAGGGUAUUUCUGCAAAUAUUUUUCAAUGGAAAUUCUGAAAGGAUCUCAUGGAUUACUGGCUUAAUGGUAGAAAUAUUUGAAAUGGCUUAUUUUUCUUCAGUGCUCAUAUUUUCCCUAAUAUAUAUCAGGUUUGCUUGCUUUUUAUGCUACUCAUUUAAAGGCAAACUUAAUGAGAAAGUUUGAUGUAUCUUGUAAUAUUGUCACAAAAUAAAGAAAACAAAAUAUCAGUAUAUCUGAGCUAGGUUUGUUUUCCUUAUUUGCCCUUGUAGUUGAAAAUUUCUAUGGUAUAUUCUCAGUACAUUUUAUAUGGUUGAUCUUCUGAGAUGCAUUGCUGCUCAGGACGUGUUUGUCGACUGCAUAGGGCCUCACCAGGUGAAUCUACAGGGUUCUUCAGAGCACGGAAACCAGUAUUGGUGCCAUUUGAUGUAUUCUUCUGCAAGUUGUAGUUUGUUUUCUGGAUAAGGAUACUUGUUACUUAGAAAACCCUGUAUUCAUGCUUGUAAAGGUCAACUGCUUGGUUAUGAAUCCUUCUACUUUUGACUGCC